UCUUUAAAAAUGAAUUUUACAUGGGAAUGGACAUCCAUGUUGCUCGUUCUUAUCACAACAAAUUAGACAAUAAGACAAUUACUAGCUAGCCCGCUGCCUUUCCCAACAUUUAAUUAUUUAUUUAUUGUUAUUGCCAAAACUAACCCCAAAAAGCAUAUCACUUCUUCCUUCUCUUCUCAUUAUGCUUUUUUAGCCUCUCCUCUUAUCGUUACCAAUAAUAACAAAACCCUUACAAGAUCCAAACCAAAAAAGGCAAACAAUUAUGAAGAAGAAUACCCUUUGUUCUGAAAAUAACGAUGUCUCAUCGAAGAAGAAAAGAAUAAUAAUCAAAGAACUUGUUCAAGGUCAAGAAGCUGCGACUCAGCUGAAGCUUCUUCUUCAGAACCCCAUUGGCGACACUUCUCUCUCAGCUGAAGAGCUUCUUGGCAACGUCCUUACUUCCUUCGCUGAAACCCUUUCUCUUCUUGCUUCUAAUCAUUCCCAGGAACAACCUUGUCCCAGCGAUGAUUAUUCCGGAGGAGAAUCUCAUUGUAUGAAGAGAUCUAAUUUGACUCCGCCCAAAAAAGUUGGAAGAGGCUGCUACAAAAGAAGGAGGACUGAACACACAUGGACCACAAUCUCUCCCACUGCAGAUGAUAAUCAUGCAUGGAGGAAAUAUGGAGAGAAAGAAAUUCAGAAUUCUAAAUUUCCUAGGAGCUACUUUAGAUGCAGUAGAAAGUAUGAUCAAAAUUGCCGGGCAAUCAAACAUGUGCAGAGGACACAAGAGAAUCCUUGUAUGUACCAAAUCACAUACAUUGGCAUGCACACGUGCAAAGCCACCCCUAAUGAUGCUCCAUGUUUGGUCAUGGUGGAUUGUAAGUAUUUGAAAGUAACACUAAUCAACUGGAGCUUGAGCUCAUCAAAUGUGGGGCAUAUAUAUAUGAAUGUCUUGCUUAUUAUGAUACAGAUCAUAUAUAUGAAGUGAAGUAUGUUGCCUUUGUAGAAGAUAACUUCCUAACCUGACGCCACCUUGCUAUAUUAUUUUCAAUCUAUGGUCAAGAAUUACAAGAUCACUUGGAGAAGGACACGAUUUUCCUAAUAUUUGCAGGUACGCAAACUGAAUCCAAACAAUACGAAGAGUGGCGUGUUGAUGACUACAAUGUUACUUUCUGACUCUCUGCAUAUGCAUCCUUCAAGCAUCUGUUAUUAGUUGUCAUUUUGCACAAGAGGUAUUAAUCCAUAUUCAUAUUUACUUAGCUUCUCAAACAGAAAUUUGAAUCUGUCAAUUACAACUAGAAUUCAAAUCGGUAAAGAAACUUAGCUCUAGAUAUGAUUAUUAUCAAUUUCGCUAGGAAGAAAAUGGAAUUUUUUAACAAUGAAAACAAUCGGCUGAAAAUCUAGUCCAAUACAGAUAAAAAAUAAAAAACAAUCUCCAAAUUACUCAAAUAAAAAAAAUCCAUUCAGUUAAUCAAAAAAUUUAACUAUGCCAAACAGUUUUUCUCCUCAAACCCUCUACCACCCCACCUUCAUCAAUCAUCUCCUUUUACCGGCAUCAAUCGCACCCUCACCGGCAAUCAUCAUCACCUUCUGGGGUCAUCAUGUCGUCGCCUCUCAGCAAGUAGUCCUCACCUCCGUGCGUCUCUCUCUCCCUCGCCGGCAGCCAACAUCGCCGACCGGCUCUUCCUCCUCGUCGCGCGUCCGUCGUUCCCCUCGCGCCUCUCUCUCCCUCACCGGAAGCCAAUCUCGGUGUCGGUUUCAACCACCGCGGGAAAGAACAUCGACUCCGUACUCUCCCUUGACGCGCUGCUUGGCUCACAAUCCACUAUCACCGCGUGACGCUCACCCACUCAUUAGAGAUACUUGUUGCUGGACUCCUUAAAUUCGUCGCUGGUUGGCACGGCAGACACCAUCAUCGGUGUCGCACAAUGCCCACUUGUUACUUCAAUAGGUUAGUUGAUGGCCAGGGUUUUAAUUUUUAAAAGAGUGUUCAUAAAAUGUAUUUAGUUGAGUGAAUGGA